AUGAGCGCACAUUUUGCGGCCGAACCAAGCCAGGUUUUAGUAGUUGUUAGUAGGGAGGAGGCAACUGUUUGUCAGGCCUCUGAUGAUGCUGCUGCACUGGCUGGGCGAAGUCGGUCUUGCCGUUCUUCUGUCCCUGUGCUUUCGAAAUGCCGGAAGAGGGAAGUGCAGUUUGGGCGUCCCGAAGAAGCGCCUCCUUCCUUGCCGGGCCUUUGCUGCCCGGUUAAGAAGGCUGGUGCAGCAGCAGCAGCUCUGCCUCCGAGUCGUUGCUUCACGUGUUCAACACUGUCGUUUUGUUAUCGACGUGCUUUUUUGGAAGCA